UCCGCCCCGCUGCAGCCACACAGAGGGCAUUUACAGACUGCUGCACAACUUCGACAGUAGAAAACCAAACGCACCUCGUCCCGAAUAACAAUCCCACCAUGGACCUCCACCGGACCAGUAUAUUAAACCAAAUGGAUUACAGCCGGGAUUCCAAAGAAGGGAAGCCAGCUCCGUCGACAGAGGAGCGACUCGACAGCGGUUUGGACUCGCUGAAAGAGGAGGAGUACCAGGCUGUGGCGGCCGAGAUCCGUCGGCUCCAGGUGGAAUGUGAGCCGACGAAGCACCAUCAACAUCUCGCUGAAACCGGAGAACUGCACGAAUGGAAAACACAGAUCACAGAAGACGGAGACACGUUGCUCCACCUGGCCAUCAUCCACGAGGCCAAGGACUAUAUCAGAAAAAUGAUAGACCUGUCCAAGGACACAGACUUCCUCAACACACAAAAUGACCAAAGACAGACUCCUCUCCACCUAGCGGUAAUAACGAACCAGGCGGACGUGUGUCAGCGCCUCCUGUUAUCCGGCUGCGACCCCACGCUUGUGGACGACAGCGGGGACACGCCUCUUCACAUCGCCUGUCGCCAUGGUAACCUGCUGUGCUUCAGCGUCCUAACACAGAACUGUCAGCCAGCGCAUCUACACACCGUGAUGGCUGCCUGCAACUAUCAUGGUCAGAACUGCCUCCACCUGGCCUCAGUUCAGGGUUUCCUGUCACUGGUGGAGAACAUGGUGAAUCUAGGAGCUGACAUUAAUGCAAAGGAACAGCGGAACGGUCGCAGUGCACUGCACCUGGCCGUGGACCAGCAGAAUCUCUCACUGGUCAAACUGCUGCUGAAGAAAGGAGCAGACCCCAACCUCCUGACCUCUGGAGGCCACACUCCCUUCCACCUCACCUACGGUCGCAACGACGACAACAUCCGGAAAGAACUGUACUCGCUGACCAACCCUGACCUGAGGGAGCUGCCUGACAGCGAAUCAGAUGACAGCGAGGAAGAGGAGGGCGAGGAGUCUGAUGAUGAUGAGGAGGUGGGUUAUGACGACAUUCAGUGGAAUGGACAUUAGCAGGAAACGAGAGGGAGAGAGAGGCAGGAGGCUGUGAUGAUGACGGCAAAGGACAAGAAAAAUGGCUCGGCACGUCUACUACUUCCUGCAAUGACGUCACACAAGCCCCAUAGUGUGGGUGGCACGGCGCGGGCGUGGACGCUGGCGAAACAGACGGGACAGGCAGCUGCAAAGGAUAAUCAGAGAUGUGAUGUUCGAAUCGCUCCAGGCUGCGGGAGAGCAAACGUGCUGAGAUGUGAACACAUGAUCAUUACGAUGGGAUGAGUUUGCUGUAUGAUGACAGGAUUGCUUGUAUUCUGUGGACACUGCAAAUAUUUUGUCAAAAAAAAAAAAAAAAGCAUCCAUCCGCACAGAUGUACCUGCAACAGCUCUGUUGUAUGAUAUUGUAAAUGCUGUGUAUACAAAGAUGUAUUUUUUAUGGAAGCUGUGAAUGUGUACAGUUGAGCAGGUUGUAUAUGUCAGAAAGCAAACAGUCCAGCACACUUCAGUUAAAUUAAAGACACUCAUAUUUAAAAACC